AAAUAAUUUGAGGAGCCCGUCUGAUAGCAACAGUAAAACCCAAAUAUGGAGAGAGUAAAGAAUAUGACGAAAAAGCUUAUGGAGGAGAAACAGAAGGCUGAUAGCAGGAUAUCGGAGCUGGAGCAAGAUAUCGAGGCCAUGAAGCUCAAACUGGAAGAGGUGGAGAACGAAAAGACAACUUUGCUGACAACAUGUGAAGAGAAAGAGGAAGAAGUGGAGGCUAUCACUGCUGAGAACGUGGAGGAACUCAAAAGGAUCGCCGAACUAGAGCUGGAGAUGGAGAAUAAUAUCCGAGUAAUAGACUCCAACAAGAACGAGUUACACAACCUAGAACAAGAAAAGAUUCACAAGGAAGAGAAACAUACGGAGUUGGAAGCCAAACUGAAAUCGUUUAUUGAAGAAUGUAUGGAAAUGUCGGCGGAGUAAUCAAACUCAAUUAAGGAGUAACCAAUAUAACCAAAAUGAAAACAUCGACACUCUUUGUCUUUGCACGUGCUGGAUUAUGUCAUACAGACUCAACGUGAGAUUCAGAUACUGUUACGCACCAUUUUUGAACACGGCUAUUAUCUCUUAGUCUUAAUGAAACUUAGCUUGUAAUGUUUUACAAAUUCACCUCAACUUCGAUGCAGGUGGUUUGAAAAGACUGGCCAUAUGCAGAAAAUCACAUCUGGAUUUUACGAUGUCAUUUAGUGUGAUAUGUUGAAAUAAUACGUUUAUACUUAUUAUUCAUUAUAAUUCAUUAAUUUGUCGCAAUUUUAUAAUAUAUUUUACAACGA